AUUGAUUUAUUAAUUCUUUCAAAUCUCCAUUUUCACCGGUUGACGCCUUCUGUCGUUUUUGUUCCGGUCUUCCUCCUUCUUUCCUUCUCAACCCCAACUCUCUCGCUAUUGGGUUUAUUCUAGUUCGACUGUAAUACAACAACCACUCACCAAAUACUCUCAUUUACACAACACAACACAACAGUUCCGUUCCGAUUUCCAACUCUUUCUUCUAUAACAAUUCAUCAAUUUCAGUAAUUUCGACUCAUCGCAUUUGAUUCGACAAAUUCAUAAUGAAGUCUGUCUCUCUUCUCUCAGUCUUGGCGGCUGUCGCCUCGGCCACUCCCACUCUCAAGGAGCCCCCCAGCAAGCGAGGAUCUCUUCCUACCGUUACUGCUUCAGGAAAUGCUUUCUGGGCCGGUGACGAGCGUUUCUACCUCCGAGGUAUUGACUACCAGCCCGGUGGUGCCUCCGCUAACGAGGAUCCUCUGGCCGACCCCAAGGUCUGCAAGCGUGAUAUCAAGUACUUCAAGGAACUCGGCGUCAACGUUAUUCGCGUUUACGCCGUCGACAACAAGGCCGAUCACGAUGAGUGCAUGAAGGCGCUCGACGACGCUGGCAUCUAUCUUGUCCUUGAUGUCAACAACCCCAAGUACUCCAUCAACCGUGCCACCCCCGGCCCUUCGUACAAUGCCGCCUACAUCCAAAGUGUUCUUGCUACUGUCGAGAUGUUCGCCCAGUACGAGAACACCCUCGCUUUCUUCUCCGGUAACGAGGUCAUGAACGACGAGAAGGACACCGACAAGUCUGCUCCUUACGUCAAGGCCAUCACCCGUGACAUGCGAAACUACAUCAAGGCUCGCAAGCUUCGCAAGAUUCCCGUCGGUUACUCCGCUGCCGAUGUUGCCUCCAACCGCAUGCAGACUGCUCACUACAUGAACUGCGGUUCUGAAGAGGUCCGAUCCGACUUCUUUGCUUUCAACGAUUACUCCUGGUGCAACAGUGACUUCAAGACCUCUGGCUGGGACGUCAAGGUCAAGAACUUCACCGACUACGGUAUUCCUAUCUUCCUGUCUGAGUAUGGCUGUAUUGAGAGCCGUCCUCGUAAGUUCCAGGAGAUCAAGCCCAUGAUGGACUCCGACAUGUCCUCUGUCUACUCUGGUGGUCUCAUGUACGAGUACUCCCUCGAGGACAACGACUACGGCAUCGUCAAGAUCAAGGGUAACACCGUUACCCCCGAGGACGAGUUCGACCUCUUCAAGUCUGCUCUCUCAAAGUACCCUGCUCCCACUGGUUCCGGCGGUGCCGCCAAGGCUUCUCACGGCGUUGAGUGCCCCAAGUCCGAGUCUGUCUGGCAAGUCGACCCCAGCUAUCUCCCCGAGAUGCCUGCUCAGGCCGAGAAGUACAUGAAGGACGGUGCUGGCAAGGGCCCUGGUAUCAACGGUAAGGGCUCUCACUUCGACACUGACAGCGGUACUGCCACCGCCAGUAUGACCGUUGGCACCUCUACCUCCACCGGCGAUUCUUCUUCAUCCAACUCUGAUGACGAUGAUAGCGGUGCCGCUGCCCUCGGCUUCGGUGCUCUCUAUGUCACCGGCGCUGCCACCUUCUUCACCCUCUUUGGAACCCUUCUUCUGUAAAUGGCAGAUUUGCCAUUUGACUUGCUUGCUUCGUUUAGUGUGGGGAUUGCCGCCAAAGCUAUGAUUUAGGCCUCCCAGUUGGGUUCAUGAUAAUCGCAAUAAGAUGUUGGUGACGAGCGCUUGAUUGGAUGCGCUGGGCAUGUCGGGUUCGUAUUUUUUCAACAGGAGCAUUGGCGUCUAGCCUUGGAAGGGCAGACAAAUGAUUAUAAUGCUAUCUGGGCGAUUAUCGCCUUUGUCAUUUGAGUUAAAAGAGUUCGGUGCGGAAACACAACACAAUCAAUAGACUUUCCUUAAACUUAACCAUCAAUUGA